ACGCUAACGUCUGCGUUCCAAAGACCGGAAAUGACGUUACCGAGAUGAUGGCGGAAGUGUGCACAUGUGCCACUGCUUAGCACUGACUGAGUAUCUGAUCUGUUGUGGAUGUCCAGAUAGAAAGUCAAGAUGCUGUCACGGCCAAAGCCUGGGGAGUCCGAAGAAGACAUCUUGAACUUCCAAAACCAAUUUCUUGCUGCUCGGGCCUCUGCAGCGGCAACGGUUGUUAAGAAAGCAGAUAAGAGAAAGGGAGAGGACAAGCAUACAGCUGGAGGAGCAGAACAAAGAGAUGUUGUGUCGCUUCAUGGUUUCCCUGACAUGCCACCAAUUCUGGAUCCAGGGCCAACCAAGAAAUCCAAAGUUGCUGGAGCACGGGUCUGUUUUGCUGAAGACGAUCCAGAAGACAUAUUGGACAAGCAUGACCAUCAUAUCACAGCUGUCCUCUCACAAAUCAUUGAGCAUGACACAAGUACUGCUACCAUCACAGCCCCUGUUCCUACUACAGAGCCGUUUCCCCGAGUUUUCCACAGAUCUGAGAUACCCAGCAUGGCUAUGCCUGGAACCGGGAAUUUAAGCAUCUUUGCUCAAAAAAUGGCUGCCAAAAGGAUUUCUGAAGCAGGGAAAAUAACUGGACUCUUCACUGCGCAUCCCCAGAAUGUACCCCCUCUUGCUCCUAGGAAUAGCCAUUCAUCGGAUAAGAGCAAAUCGUCCCAGUUACCAGGUGAAAUGCGUUUGCCCAGUUCCUGUCUGGUAACAGGAAAGGGUCUUCAAAGUUCAGGAGGGCUUGAAGAAGCUCAGAGGAUCCAUGAGGAGAAUGUGGAGAAGCUGAAGGCUUUAUCCGAGGAAGAGAGAAAACAGGAACAAGACCGUUUGAUGUCACAGCUUGAUCCCAAAUUGGUCGCCUUCUUGAGAUCAAAAAGAGAGAACCAGACAAAACCGUAUUCCGGCACUAAAAGUCCAGCGGGAGAACCCCAGACGGUCAGCCUGGAAAGACCUCAUUCUCCAACAGAGACAAAUACAUCCAGGCAGUCUCCAAGCACUGAAGAAAAUCAAAGUGCACUAUCAGUAGUUGAAGACCUCCCGCUGAAGCCUCAGAAGGAGUGGGUACACAUGGACACUGUGGAAAUUGAAAAGCUGGAAUGGACGAAGGCCCUUCCCCAGAGAAAGCAACAAAAAAACAAGAAGGGAAUGCAAGCACGAUUCAGCCUGAAGGGAGACCUGAUACCUCCACAUUCUGAGAUUCCUGUUCAUCUGGGGCUGCACCACCAUGGGGAGGAAGCAGAGAGAGCUGGUUACUCCCUCCAGGAGCUCUUCCAUCUGUCUCGGAGCCAGUUCAUUCAGCAAAGGACUCUGUCACUGCAGGUUCUGGGACGCAUUGUGAAGAAGGCCAAGCAGGGAGAGUUUGUCUCUGUCCUGAAGGGAAGUGUCCUACAGCUGCUGUUGGAUGCAGGGUUCCUCUUCCUCCUGCGCUAUUCUUUGGAUGAUGCCAUAGAAAAUGUUAUCGCUGCAGCAGUUGGCGCUUUGCAUUCCUUACUGGUGUCGCCAGAAGAUGAGGAAUAUCUGGACAUGACAUUUUCAUGGUACCAAGGAACAAAAGUGUUCCCAUUCUUACCAAAUGAAGAGGAUGAGGAAAGCGAUGAUGAUGAAGAUGAGUUAGAGGAAAGCACUAAUAAAGGAAAAGAAAAUCAGAAAAAGUCUAAAGAAGAAAAGAAAGCUGACCCAGAUGUGGCUCGUAAUGAUGCUGUAAAGGGUCUUCUGAAGACAAAGUUUCUGCACAGGCUCCGAUAUAUCUUGGAAGUUGUGAGGCCACCACCAUCUGUGGUCCUGAACAUUUUUGAUAUUCUUAUAAGGGUUGCUCGACACUCUGUAGCAGCCUGUAGCCAGCUCCUAGAUUGCCCGCGGUUGAUGGAAACCAUAGUACGUGAGUUCCUACCGAUGCAGUGGAGUAUUGCAAUGGAAACUAGUGAUCCUGGACCUUCUAGCCUCCAUGGUAUGCCAUGUUCAAUUGCGAUGAAAUUUCUACGGGUGCUGGCAUCCUCAGGGCGACAUUCAUCUGCCAGACUGUUGCACACAUUUGACAUGAAGAGCCGGCUGAGUAGAUUUGUGGUUCAGGAGCCCCAGGAUAUUCCUCUGCCAAGGGAAGAGUCAGAGAGGCUGAGCACAGAGACUUUCCGCCUGUGGGCGGUGGCCGCUGGCUAUGGCCAGGCCUGCGAUAUAUACAGUGAUCUGUAUCCUGUGCUUGUGAGAAUUCUACAGUCCCUGCCCACACUGAUUGCCUCUUGUGCAGAAGGAAGUGGCUCCCCUGCAGUUCUCUCCGUCCAGCGAGCAUCUGCUGUGAUUACUCUGCUUAGUCAUGUGACUCAGACCGCUGGCUGCACUGCAUACCUAGAGGCCCAGCUCCACAGCGCACCUGUAGACACAGAGCCUCAGGUUCCCCCUCCUCCGGUCUCCUGGGCCAAUGUCACUGGACUGCUGCCUCUUGUGGAAGCAUCCCUGAGGAAAUGUCUAAAAGAGGUUUCACAUCCCAGCACCUGGGCCCUUCUCCUACCUGUCACCACUACAUCCAUCAACUUUGUGGCAUCUUAUUACCGGGCUGCCAGCCAUCAGCCCUCGCUGAAUGCUGUAUUGUGUAAUGAGGAAGUGGAGAGAUUGACAGACAGUGUGCUUCUGCCGUUCCUGCACCACACCGCUGUACAGUCCAUGUGGGACUUGCUCAGAUCCUGCUCUGCAGUGUGUAACCCGCUUUCCUGCUCCCCGCUGCCCGAGUCUGUCCACAGUAUUGUGACUCUGAGCUGUGCAGGAGGGAAGCCGUCACUCAGCCUUCCUGGCAAAAAUUCUCCCUUCCCCACCUUGACCGCUGUGCUGAACCUUAUCUGCAACAUCAGCAACAUCCACAAGGGGCUUGUCGGCAAGUUCUCCUUUAUUCUGGAAUACAAAGGUCUUCAAAAUUACUUACUGAAGGUUUGUGAAUCUCCAACUCCACCGGCAACUGCGUCUUCCAGCUGGCUUCUGCGACAUGAGUAUCACUUUCAGUAUUUGGUGUUAUCUCUGGUAUAUAAACUGGUAAUGAUGUAUCCAGAGCAUUCCCAGCAUGCUUCACUCUGCCACUCUGUCUCCCUGACGUUACUGAGCAGACUCUUGCCAGGCAGCGAGCAUUUGGCUCAGAAACUUAUUUCUGCAUUUACUUUCAAUCCUGCUUUUCUGCCCGAGGGAAGUGCAGGUGGUCCGCAAGCAGCUGAUUUGUCUGACAAGUUACACAUUACAUCUGAAGUUAAGCCAACACCGCCUGGUUCAGCUGCUUUGGCUUCUGUUUCUCUCAGCCGUGGUGCUCUUCUAGAAGAAGCCUUCAAAGAUCUACCUUCCAUCCGGGCCUGCUAUUUGGCUCACUUUGCCUACAUGCAACAAGCCCUCAAUCAGUCUAAGUUUGUAUAUCACGAGAAGACUUGUUUUAUCCAGUCUGCUAUGCUACCUGAAGCCAAAGGCCCAGUUCUGCCAUCUGAUUGGCCAUUCCUCCCACUAAUCAACCUCUACAAUAAAGUAACCAAUGCAGAGACAAAGGGAAGUAUCGUAAACACUCUUCCUGCAGACCUGGUGAACAUAGUCGCCCGGAACUUGGAGUGGAUUGUUCUUUUGGAGACCUGGCGUCCUGACUCCUUGCAGAGUAUCCCAACUGCUGCAAAGCUGACUCGUUUGGCUUGUGUAUUUCUUACUGGCUGUGACCUCUUUUUAGAAGGUUUAGUUCAUGCAUACACUGCUGCUCUUGUGGUUCUGUACUCUCAGCCCAAAUACAUGGAAUCUCUAAAUCUUGAUGUUCCCCUGCCUGGACUUGCUUCUUUCUAUGACUUCUACAUGGACCUUAUGGAGCAGUUUGAGGGAGUUUCAUUUGGAGAUCCCUUAUUUGGAACGUUCGUACUUCUCCCACUACAGAGACGUUUUAGCGUCCAACUAAAGCUGGUUGUGUUUGGAGAACAUGUUAGCAGUCUGAGAUCUCUAUGUGUGCCCCUUAAAGAGUUUCCCAUCCCACUUACACUGUACACAACCCCUCCUGAAGAUAACGUGAAACUCCUGCGCCUCUAUUUCCGCACGUUAGUAACAGGAGCUCUGCGUCAGACCUGGUGCCCUGUUCUCUAUGUUGUGGCCGUGGCUCAUGUCAACAGCUUCAUCUUUUCCCAAGACCACGUGGCUCAGGAAGCAGAUGCUGCAAGAAAGAGCAUGCUCCAAAAGAUUUGUCUCCUGGUGGAUGAGGGUUUGAAGAAACAUCUCUUGUACUUCAAACAACCAUCAAGUGACAGCUCUGUGGGCUUCGAGCUAUAUGACAUGCUCCCACCUCUCAGGCAAAAGUAUCUGAAGAAGAUAACAGAGAAGCAACAUCAGACAGAAGGAGCAUCUUAACAACAUGUUCUAGACCCAUGAUCUAGGACAUUGAGAGCUUAUUAGACAAUUUUAGUUCAGAUGCUCCUGCAUGCGAGGAGCUGACCACAGUAUCCUAAUGUCCUUUGGAUUCUUUGUUGCUAGAAGUGAGGCGCAUUGAGAGCACCACUCAAGUUAGUCAUUUCUGCUCUAUUCCAUUAAAUAUGUCCUGUGUACUGUAACUCCUCUCAGUGAGGUAUCACAGCAUUGCUUAUGAAAAUAAAUAAUUCACCAGACCUGAACAGCCGCUACAGUAAAUGCUGAAGUAUACCUCUGACGUACAUCAAUACACACAGCCAUUUUGUUGGUUGAGUUCACAUUCAUGAACAUUCACCAGGAAUCGGCUAUAUUACUUAGGCACCGAGGUCACCAUUUCGUUAAUAUGCAGCCUAUAAGGGCAGUGGUUCAUACUGUAUUGUCAGAUACAGUCUCUUAAUUAAUGGUUCAGCCUACAAAUAAAAUGCCUACACUGUGUGCGCAUUGGCAAUGCGUUCGGGAAACUCUGGUGAAUAAAUAUGUUUAGUUCUUUGAUGUACAACUAAAAUAUUUAAAGGAAAAAAAUAUUGUCUAGGUUGUAAUAGAUUUUGGUCCUUUAGUCUGUGGCAAAAUAAUUUUGUCAGGGCUUAGAAUAAACGUACAUGUACUUUUGAGAGAUAUGUAAAGCAAAUGUACCUACAAAGUCAGAUAUAUGGCCCUCUAGUGGAGAGAAGGGGUAUGGUUCAUUGGUAGUUACCAUUCGGCACCAAGCCCUGUUUUACAUGGGGAAUGAGCAAUUUUAAUGGCCAUGUAGAACUGCUUAACCAUUUCUCAUGCAUAACCUUUGUGAGAUUUUCUUGUAGCUAGCGAAUAUAUUUUUGCCUUAAAAUAAUAAAACUAUAUUUUUA